GGAAGCUCUGCUUGGGUCCGCCUCGAGCUGCUGCGGUUGAGUCGCACGCCGGUAGCUAAAGUGGGCUUGGGGUCUGGGUGGGUGGACCGACUCCAUUCUCCUACAACUUCGGAGAGUCUUGCAGCCAUUAAGUUUCACUUUUAAAACUUCGAGUCUCCAAAAAGAAGAAAGAAUCGAAUCCAGAGAAUCAAAAAAAGACUUGGGAAUAAAAACAGGUACGGCUGGAAAGAGUUCAGAAGAUAUGGAAGAAAACGCAAGAUCGCAAAUACAGACAGAAGAUUACAAGCAUGGAUCUCAGAAUAUUAAUGAACGAUGGAUGCAGGAAAAUGCUGAAGAAACCUUUUAUAAUCAGGGUAUCAAGAAUCUGAAAACCACCCAUUAUGAAAAAGAUCAGGCUAAACAUCUGGCUUCUCAAGUUGUGGACAGCAAGGAUGAACCACUGCAAUCCUGUCAAAAAAUAAUAAAUGACUCUACCAAGUUCAAGAAUUAUACAAAUGACAGCUCAAAUUUACUACAGGUAAAUGAACAUGCCCGUUCUUCUGAAAAAUCUGAGGUGCCACCUUCUCUUCCAAACUAUUCACAACAAUUUAUUCCUGUUGAUUCCAGUGACUUGAAAGAUCAGCAAAACUAUGACUUUUCUCAAACUUGUAGCUCUUCCAUGAAAGGUAAUGAAUGUAAUGCAUCCAGGCAUGUAACAGACACCUUGAGCCCUUUGCAAAAAUGUAGCACAGUAACAGUCAUACCUGUUUUCUCUGCACCGAAUUGUCAACAAACAAAUUCUAAAAUGAAGUUGGAUAUUCAAAGUGAAAUGGAUAACAACAACAUAAGGAGGGCUGAAAGUGGAGGUACCAUUGCAUUGCAUGACCCUUUCACUCCAGGUCAAGUUAACAAGCACUCAGAAGAUAACAGGAGAAUCGGUUUCCUAUUGAAGGAACUGAAUGCAGUGAAAGAAUCUAAUAAAAAGCUUCAAGAUCAAUUGUCAGAAAAUGAAGAAGAAAUGGAAGUAUUAAAACUGAAUCUGGAAUUGCAAGAUAAAGCAGUAGAAGCUAGAGUGGCAGAAAAGGCUGCAGUUUUAAUUGAAGAAAUAUAUGGUGCACAAAGUGAACGGGAUGCAGCUGUUAUGUCCAGACUCCGUCUAGCCAAUGAGGAAAGAGAUGAAGCACUUUUGAAAAGUAAACAACUGGAACAGGCCUUUGAGGGGUUGGAAAAUAUUAACCCUGAAGAAAAUGACAUGACAUUGCAGGAAUUACUGAACCGAAUCAACAAUGCUGAUUCAAGAUGUGCAGUUGACAAGAAUGGAGAUUUAAUUGUAGAUAAAAUUCACAAAGCCAGGGAGCGGAAGAAAAGAAUAACUGCUGAAGAAAUGAAUGCAGUUAUUGAGGAAAGGGAUGCAGCCUUAUCAAGAUGUAAAUGGUUGGAGGAGGAGCUUCAUCUUUUGAAAGAGCAGAACCAGUCAUUGGCUAAUAACACAAGACAGCUGAAUACUGAAAACAAUCAAGAAUGUGCUUUGAAGGCCCAACUAAUAUCAAUGCAGAAAGAAAGAGAUAUUGCAUUUCAGCAAUGUAAGAAACAAGAUGAAGAAAUUCAGACACUUAGGCUUUAUUACAGCUUACACAAGUCACUAUCUCAAGAGGCUACACUCACAGAUCAAUUAAACCUUACCCUAGGCACUUAUGACAAUGCUUUACGUGUGAGUAAAGACAUCAUAUCAACCACACACCACCGAAAUGAAGAUCUUGCAAGCCAGUUACAAUUAGCCAUGACUGAACACACAGACAUGGAAAUGAAACUACAACAAGCAUUGGGAGAGAAAAAUGAAUUAAUUGAAAAAGUUCAGAAGUUGGAACGCCUGGUAGAUGUCCUGAGAAAGAAGGUUGGGACAGGGAACGUCAGGACAGUGACCUGAUUGAAUUAGUAGUCACAUCUGGUGACCAGGCUGUUCUAUUCAUCACUAUACAAAUAAAAAGGCCUGGUCUUAGCAAAGAGUUGCUGUAAUUAGCACAUUGACAUAGCAAUACAAAAAAUAAAUAAAAUGUGUAUUUUUAAAGUGUGGAAACUUGGAAGCAUUCCAUAUUAAUGAUGUUUGUAGACAUGCAAAAGAAGCUUUCAGAUUUGCCAAUUUAACAGUAAUUUUUAGAAUGCUUGUCUAUAAAUGCAUCACAUUUUAAUGCAUAUUUCAUUAAAUGGUAUUCAGAAUUAUUAAGUUCUUUGUAAAAAAAAAUGCUUCCUUAAAUCCAGUAUAAAUCCAUAAUGUUGAUCACCUUUAAUAGCUGAAAACGGGACAAUAGCCAAGAUACAUAUUUUUACACAUCUGAACCAAAAUUAGGACAUUGCAGAUUGAAUCGAUUUUUUUGCUCUUUGAUGUUUAAUUUUGUUUUAACAUAAUGUGCAUGAAUCAGUACCUUGGUCUUUUCUUCUAAUAUUUAAACUUUUUAGUAGUUUAGUUAUGGUGUAAUAGUAGCUUAUUCAGAACUGUAAUGUCAAUUCUUUGUCCUUGUCUCACGAUUUUAAUUUGCUCAGAACUUAAAUCUAAUCCGCUAUAGCACUGAAAUAAAGAACAAUGUGAAUUUGCUAA